CACAAGGUAGGGGCAGGAAAAAAAAAAAAAAGGGUUUAUCCUUCGUCUGGUUUCGAAACAAGGAAUGAUGCUGGCAGAACAUUCCAGAACCCGUACCCCAGAACUCUCUAGUCUCUCUCUCCCUCCUAUAAGCCUUUCCUUCUCCCUUCCUUCUCCCAAACCCCAACCACUCUCCAAUCUCAUAUUCUAUGGCGGACGAAGCUAAAGCCAAAGGCAACGCAGCUUUCUCUUCCGGCGACUUCGACGCCGCGAUCCGCCACUUCUCAGAUGCAAUCGCCUUAUCCCCCUCCAACCACGUCCUCUAUUCAAACCGAUCCGCAGCAUACGCUUCCCUUCAGAAAUACACUGACGCCUUAGCCGAUGCCAAAAAGACCGUCGAACUGAAACCCGACUGGUCCAAGGGCUAUAGCCGUCUUGGCGCUGCUCAUCUCGGCUUGGCCCAAUACGAUGACGCCGUUUCAGCUUACAAAAAGGGUCUCGAAAUUGACCCAAAUAAUGAACCCCUCAAGUCAGGUUUAGCCGAUGCUCAAAAGGCCAUGGCCGCAGCCGCUUCCAGGCCCCGCUCCUCCUCGGUUAAUCCCUUUGGCGACGCUUUCUCUGGGCCUGAGAUGUGGGCCAGGCUCACCGCUGACCCUACCACUAGGGCCUACCUUCAACAACCCGAUUUCGUGAAAAUGAUGCAGGAUAUUCAGAGAGAUCCUAACAAUCUCAACCUCCACUUGAAGGAUCAAAGAGUCAUGCAAGCCAUAGGGGUUUUGCUUAACGUCAAGAUUCGAACUCCCAACGAUGACACUGAUAUGCCCGAUUCGCCGUCCCCUUCUCCCUCCGAGAGAAAGAGAGCCGCUGAGGCCGAGCCACCGAAGCAGCCCGAGCCCGAGCCCGAGCCUGAGCCCAAGCCUGAGCCCAUGGAAUUGACGGAGGAGGAGAGGGACUCCAAGCAGAGGAAAGCUGAGGCUCAGAAGGAAAAGGAGGCGGGCAAUGCAGCGUACAAGAAGAAGGAUUUUGACACCGCAAUUCAACAUUACUCGAAGGCUUUGGAGUUGGAUGAUGAGGAUAUAUCCUUCCUCACAAACCGCGCUGCUGUUUACUUGGAAAUGGGAAAGUAUGAGGAAUGCAUAAGAGAUUGUGACAACGCUGUUGAAAGAGGAAGAGAACUGCGAUCAGAUUUUAAAAUGAUAGCAAGAGCUUUGACAAGGAAAGGAACAGCCUUGCUAAAAAUGGCAAAGUGCUCAAAGGAUUAUGAUUCUGCCAUUGAGACUUUCCAAAAAGCACUUACUGAGCACCGCAACCCUGACACUUUGAAGAAACUUAAUGAAGCCGAAAAAGCUAAGAAAGAACUAGAACAAGAAGAAUAUUUUGAUCCAAAAUUGGCUGAUGAAGAGAGAGAAAAAGGAAACGAAUUCUUUAAGGAGCAGCAGUAUCCUGAGGCUGUGAAGCAUUACACAGAAUCUAUACGAAGAAAUCCCAAAGAUCCUAGGGCUUAUAGUAACAGAGCAGCAUGCUACACUAAAUUGGGGGCAAUGCCUGAAGGUUUAAAGGAUGCAGAGAAGUGCAUUGAACUUGAUCCAACCUUUGUAAAGGGUUAUACUAGGAAAGGUGCGGUUCAGUUUUUCAUGAAAGAAUAUGACAAAGCUUUGGAAACAUACAGGGAAGGUUUGAAACAUGACCCUAACAACCAGGAGUUGCUUGAUGGCAUGGGAAGAUGUAUACAACAAAUUAACAAGGCUAGCCGAGGAGAUUUAAGUCCUGAGGAAUUGAAGGAGAGACAGGCUAAGGCAAUGCAGGAUCCAGAGAUCCAAAACAUCCUUCAAGACCCUGUUAUGAGACAGGUAUUGAUUGAUUUUCAAGAAAAUCCGAAGGCUGCGCAGGAACACACAAAGAAUCCAAUGGUGAUGAACAAGAUCCAAAAGCUGAUCAGUGCUGGAAUUGUCCAGAUGAAAUAAAUUUGAUGGAAGGUGUUGUUCAUGUUGAAAGGCAAUUGACAAUUGUAUUUUGCAGUAUGACUUUGUUAUUUAAAUAGGUUUGAUUGGGAAAAAUGUUGGGAAAUUUUGAGUUGUUUUACUUUCAUUUUGUUUUAGUGAAUUCGUAUAAUUUCAGUGAGGUGCAUUGCAUUUGCUUCAUGUGCGUGCGUACCAUUACUAAUGUUUAAAUGUUUUUUUAGUCCUUUUACGAAAUCCGUCUUUUAUUAUUGGGAUUAUGUCCCUGAAUCGUUGGGCGACCAGUGGCCAGUGUAAUAUAGCGGUUUAGGGUUUUCCAGUUUUUAGAAUUCGAACCCAAUUUUUGGGUCAAACAUGACCCAACCCGCCUGUUCUCAGCUAUUUCGGAAGUGGAUCCAGUGAAUUGGGCUGUGGGGAAUGAUUUCUGUAACCUGAAUCGUUUUGCAAAUGAGUUCAACCAGUUGAAACUCAUGUAGUGUGGCAGAUUAGAACAUCAACUGCUGACGUUGAAAUAUCUUGAUACCUUCUCUUUGACAAUUAAGAGUGGUUAGGAAUCUGAGUUCAAUCUUUUGAUGUUUAAAUAGGCAGUAAAUAGUUUUCAAAUUCUAACGAAGAAAUGCAUACGGCAUAACGUAAUCCGUGGGAAAUGAAUUAUUGUCAGAGUAGUU